AUGUUAAGGUGUGUUGUGCAGUCUAGACUUGACAGCUACGGAAUGUGCAUCAUUUUGUACGUCGAAAAAGGAGGAGAAAAAACAAUCAAACGAAAGAGCGAAAAUAAAGUGAGUUGUUCAAGUAAAAUCCACUGAUAAUAUUGAGUGCAAAUAUUGCAAAUUAUUAUUUGAUUGACUUGAAAACUAUCGGCUCAUUUAAUUAACAUUUUUUUGCAGCAGAAGCAGCAGCAGCAGCAGCAAGAACGACAUAGAAAGCAAAAAAAAUGGAUUGUAAUGUUCAAGGAUCACCGGAGAAACAUCAAGCAAAGAAACCUUGUAAGGGUAUUUUGAAAACAUCAAGUAGCUUUGACAAACAUUCAGUAUCGCAACGGAGAAAGAGCACCAAAUUCGAUGAACUAAAUGUGAUGCAAACAUACCAUCCAGUCGACAAGGACUAUGGCCACAUGAAGGUCGAAGAACCAAAGACACCGUACAACUAUGCCAAUCCCGACGACCAAAUCUUAGACCAAAUUGACGCUGACGUUCUGGCCGAACGGUUGAAAGUAUCAGAGCCGCGAAAAUCAUUGGACGAGACAGACGAUGCUGAUGAAAGUUCAGAAGAAGACGAAAGAAGUUAUGAGACGCCAGAAGAAAAGCAGCGGCGGCUAGACUUUGAGAAGCGACGAAAGUUGCACUACAAUGAAUUCGAAGCAUUGAAACUAGCACGAAAGUUGAUGGAAGAGGAGGAGGAAGAAGAUGAUGAUGGUACCACAGCCAUUAAAAACGAUGAUCAAAGUCAACAGGCAUCAGUGUCAGGCGAUAAAGGCGAUGGAAAAAAUGAAGUCGAAAUGGACAAUGACAACUCAUAAGGAUACUGUUGUGACGCACAUUGCACCCAAUGAACGAACACCAAAAAAAAAAGAAGAAGAAAUUAACAGCCAUGAAUAAAAAUAACCGCAACAACUGCAACAUGUGAAAAUCAAAAUCAAAAAUCGAAAAUCCAUAUAAUAAUCAAGUAUGUGUAAUAGUAGCUGAUAAUUGUACGCCAAGAAGAAGAAGAAGAAAAAGCAAAAAAAUUUAUCUGAACUUCAUUGCAUGUCACAAUUUAGGUGUGAAUCGACAGCAUGAAUUUCUUCGAAAGUAAAACAUCAAUUUAAUAAAUAUAAUAUCUUGAAUUAUGAUGGAUGCAGUUUAGUGCAUCUGACGAAUUGUCCUUAAUACGUACACGAACAAACAAAACAAAACAGAACAAAAUAGCCAGUGAAUUUAGUAUAUUUUCUGAUAUUGUUGUAGUGGAAGCUAUCAUUUGAUUUCAAUGGCAAUAUGUAUGUUAUUACUUUUUUUUUUUUGAAAAUGACUGCAUUUUUAUAGGAAAAAAAAAGAUAUACGUAGGGCUUCUUUUCCAUUGGCCAUGCCAAUGGUUUCUCUCUUUUUUUGCACUCUCACUAUAUGGCACCGUUGGUGACGAGGGUGGUUAAACAAAACAUGUUUAUUGAACGGUGUGGCGAACAAAAUGUGUGCUAGCAAUAAAAUUUACAUGCAUUUUCUACUCAAUGUGUUUAAACUGAAAGUUAACAUUUUCAUUGAAUAUUUUAUUUAGAUUUUUUUUCUGUCCAGGCAAUGAUUGACAGAAUGAAUUUAUCCGGUUAAUGUAGUGUAAUGCAAAUGAACACGGAAAUAAAAAAAAAAAACAGGGAAAUUGAAAACUGUUAAUGAGAUAAUGUGACAUUUGUCAUUUGUUUGUUACGUAUUUCAAUCGUUUUCAAAAGAAAAUUUCAAUUUUCCAGUUUUUUUUUUAUCGUGCAAAUUAUAAUUAAUUAGAUGAGGCAAUUAAGCAUAACCAAGAGCAAAAAACCAAAUAUAAAGUAACAACAACAACAAAAACCACAACUAAGCCGCAAUUAAUUUGUUUUUUUUUUUUGUCAAUGCAUUUAAAAUGUUUAAUUCGAAAACGGGAAAUUUGUGUCCAUUAUUCAGCAUCAUUUUUCUAUUCGUUUCAGUUUGUAAAAUAAAUGUGCUGUUUCUCCCACUUUUUUUCAUUUGCUGGUACCAAAAAAACGAGUAGAUAAUUUAAAAAAAAAAAUAAUAUUUUUUGUUUCUGUGGUCCAUUUUAAAUGGUGGUGUUUGGCAAAAACUCAAAAUAUAAUAACGAAACAUGAGAUUUCUGUAAACUUAGAAUAAUUGUGAUAACAAAUCAGACAAAAAUGAAUAGAAUUUAAUUACCAGACAUAACAAGAAUCACUGCAAAUCGAAUGGAUUUUGAAUUGUGAGCUUGUGUAUGUGGAGAGAAAGAAGGAAUAAAAAAGAAUCUACCUACCACUGCGAAA